AUGGUUAUCUGGGUGCUAGAGUUGAAGGAUGCUUCUCUAGAUGGAAGGGGGCUUGAACCAAAGUUAUCUAGACAAAAUGAUGGUGGGCCUCCUAGUUAUGAAGAUGCUGUGAGUGACGGUCAUAGCCCUGUUGAUACCAAGAGGACUGGAGAAACUGCAAAAUCAUCACCUGAGGUAAACAUUAACCAUCAAGAAAUUCCGGCAGCAGCUGCUCCACCACCACCAGCUGCCGCCGCCACACCACCUCCAGUUACCACUACGCCGCCACCACCUGCAGUGACAAUCAACAAUGAAAACGAUGGGUUUGACUUUUUUGAUCCCCGUGGUGCUGCUCCUGCUCCUUCCCUUGCGCUUGCCCCGCAAGGAUCAGGUAGUGGAGAGAUGGAGGAUUUGUUUGGUUCUCUAUCGAAGUCUUUCUCUUCUUCAAAUGCAUUGGCUCUUGCAACAUCUACUUCAUCUAUAACCACUAAAGUUCAUCCUCCAGCAAAUACUAAUCCUUAUCUCACCUUCGAUACCUCAUCGACAAGUCGGGCAUUUGAUGAUCCGUUUGGUGAUGGUCCUUUUAAAUUUGUUCCUUCUACUGAUGGAUUUUCAGCUUAA